AUGUCAACCAACACAGCCAGAAGAAACCACAAAGGUGGAGUAGAAGACGCGCAGCAGGCAUUUGGCACCCCGUGCUUGGUACCGCACAGGGACCCACCCUUACCAGAUGACAAGGUACAAGUGGAAGGCAAGGGUAACAUCCUCAACCCUGGCGGGCGCGCAAAGGCCGCCCACCCCCCGCUACGGAGGGUAGCGCACUAA